UCAACUUGCUACCAAAACUUGUCCUAUCUUUGGAUGUCGUCCACGAGACGUGUGCACUCAAUCCCUGCAGAGAUGCUGCAUGAGUAGUUCUCAAGGUGCGCUUUCAAGGGGUGGGGUUCGCUGCUACCACAUGUUUGUGCUACCUUUGGAUCUCGUCCUCACUACCGUUGCACUCAAAUCUCUGUAGAGAUUCGAGUAGUUUUUCGUCACUUCAAUGAUCAAACCUGCUACCCACAUUUUUGUCCUAUCUUUGGAUGUCGUCCCCGUGACCUUUUUCACUCGAUCCAUGCCGCCCAGGUUUCCGCGGCGUUUCGCAUCGAGGUUCUAUCGGCCGUGCCGGGCAUGUCCCAAAGGGCAGUCGCGCGCCUCGCCAAGAGGCUCGACGAGGCGGAGGAGGCUAACGAGUCGAUGGAGAUCGGAGAGGAAAUGAGGCAUCUCACGCUGCAGGUGAUAUCGGAGGCGUUGAUGAGUCUCACCGCCGAGGAGGCCGACGGGACGUUCGCCAAGGUCUACAUGCCCAUCGUGGUCGAGGGUCACAUGAGGACUUGGAACCCCUUGCGGAGGUUCUGCCCGCUACUGCCUGGGUGGUGGGCUCACAUCAAGAACCAACGGAUACUCAACGACUACAUCACGGGGAUAAUUCGCGCUCGCUGGGAGAUCAUUCGAAAGGAGAGAGAUCAAGCCGCGGGUGCCACGAACGGCGUUGCCGACGGGAACGGGUCAGGGGGCACGGCGGACGGGAAGGAUUCGUACCCACACCUGGGGCGGAAGCGGGAUAUUCUGGACAAGGUGUUGGAUUCGCUUGAGCCAGGGGAGUGGGGAUCUGCGGCUGUUUUGCAGAUUCGAGACGAGAUGAAGACCUUCGUGCUUGCCGGGCACGAGACGUCGGCCUCCAUGCUAAAUUGGUCUCUAUUUGAGCUAAUGGGAAGCAAGGACCUCAUGGCCAAGGUAGUGGCCGAAUCGGAGCAAGUCUUCGGACACGCCGUGCCGCUGACCGCCCCUCUUCCAUCCGCAGAAAAGCUAAGGGGUUUGCAGUUCACAGAGGCGUGUCUGCGGGAGAGCCUCCGAAAGUAUAGCCUCGUGCCCCUGGUGGUAAGACGGUGCGUCGAGGACACCACCAUAUGCGAAGAAGGGGGGACGGAGCACUUUAUCCCGAAAGGAUGUUCGGUACACCUCCUCAUCAAGGGGGUACAUGAACGGCCGGAUAUCUGGCCAGAGCCCAUGCGGUACAACCCCGACCGUUUCAUGGAGACACCGGUGGCACCGUACACCUUCCUUCCUUUCAUCGACGGUCCCAGGAACUGUCUGGGGCAGCACCUGUCCCUACUUGAGUCCAAGGUGGUCCUGUCUUUGUUGGUGAACCGGUACGAGUUCUCACUGGUGAACUCAAACGCGGGGGAGCCCAACGCGUGGAUGAUCCCCACCAUCCCAAAGUACGGGACGCACAUCACCACUAAGAGGCGGUCUGGUCGAUAACGAUGCGCAUCGCCGCCGGGGAACCGCGAAACGAGUUCCGCAAUUUUGAAAAAAUGGGUGCGACCGUCCACAACUAGGGGGGGGGUAUCAGAGGGGCUCCGCGAAAUCAUCCCGGAAUCACUUCGUCUGUCUAUAUGGCACGGUCGCGUGUCAAGAGAUUGUGGGAGAGGAGAGCAGAGGCUUUCUGCUGUACGAAAACUUGAUGAAAGUGUUUGCGGCACGCGUUUGGAGGAUGGGACGGGAUGAGGACGACCGCUUGUUGCGCAUUACGACGCACGGCACGAACCGUGGUUUUCUACCCUAUCGCUGAGCUCGGUUGUUUGUAUUCUCGGUCAAG